UUCACAACAAUCAACAAAUAUGUCGGACGAGAAAUUAAAAAAUAAAACGCAAAAGCCUACAAGUUUAUUAUACACGUAGUUUUUAAGGUUUAAAGGUGUUUCUCUCUUUUAAAUACAUGUGAUUCGUUGGUGAUAAAAUAAUGACUGAUCCGGAAGAUACUCAACUGAGAACGGUGGAACAUUCGAUUCCAAUUGAUAUUCUCAAUGACCUCUUGACGAGAUUUUUGAUUUUCGUGCCAGAAUCCGCUAAGAAAGACUUAAUACGCAUUUGCUUCCAAAUUGAAGCUGCCCAUUGGUUCUACUUGGACUUUUAUGUAAACAAUGAUCCUCAAUUGAAAACAUGCACCAUCUAUGAGUUUGCUGCACAUGUAUUCCAGCAUAUACCAUACCUGCAAAAGGAGAUACCCAAACUUCCAGAAAUAUUGGCUAAUUGGAAGGAGUACAAGCAAAGUGUGCCCACAUAUGGGGCAAUAAUACUAUCAGAGGGCAUGACUCAUGUCCUUCUUGUCCAGAGUUACUGGGCAAAAUCUUCUUGGGGUUUUCCUAAAGGCAAGGUAAAUGAAGAAGAGGAUCCGGCCCAUUGCGCCGCAAGAGAAGUGUUAGAAGAAACGGGUUUUGACAUUUCCAACCUCAUCGAUCCAAACGAGUUUUUAGAAUCCGUUAUAAACGAUCAGUUGGUUCGUUUGUACAUCGUAAGAAAUGUACCCAUGUCGACCAAGUUUCAACCAAAAACUCGUUGCGAGAUCAAGGCAUGUUCGUGGUUUGCUAUCGGCGAUUUGCCGAACAACAAGAAAGACGCCACGCCAAAACUAAAAAUAGGCGUCAGUCCGAACGCAUUCUUCAUGGUACUGCCGUUCGUUAAACGUAUCAAAGCACUGUGCAACAGUGGCAGCAUCACCAAACGACAACGGCACAAGUCGGCCAGCAUAAGCGAGGGUGAGUAUAGCACGGCCAAAAAUAAAACGAACAAUGUCAAGAAUGGUAAGUGCGAAACUGAUGAAGUCAAGCAUAACAAAAAGCGACAGGACAAGAACAACAGCAGACAAUACACGAAGAGACAACUGUUUCCCGAAAAGGACCGGACUGCCGCCGAAUUUUGCGCACCUUCUUGGUUAAAUUUUAAGUUUGAUAAAACCGCGAUCAUGGAGUGCAUGCCGUAAUUAAUGCUGCGGCGCGUUUUAAACUCCUGUACAAAUCAUCGUUUUGCAAUAUUUUGUAAUUGUGAUUCUAAUGCACCAAGUAAUUUACAAUGGCACACGACAAUACCGUAUUGGUAGCAAUAGUUACCAUAUUAAUAUAUACAAAUUAAGUAGAAACUUCUUAAACCAUUUUUAUUUUAUAUUUUUACAUUUUAUAUAUCCACGUACUUUUUUAUUUUAUGUUAUACACAUUUAAGCAAUUUUAUCUAUUGUAAAGUUGUGAAUUAAUUGGUGGAUUGUUAUUGUCAUUUUUGACAUUAAAACGAACCGUACAAGUUUUAUCACUGACAUCAUUUGUCGACUUGGAAGACUUGCGAUUAUUAUUUAAAAAAGCAGUCUUCCUAAUGUUCGCAUACGUAAUACCAACGAAUGUUGGCUUUGAACAUUUCUUGAACGUUUACUAUUGUUAAUUGUAUAUUUUUUUAAAAUGUUUUUUAUUAUGUUUUUCCCCAAUUUCUAGUCUCUACCUGGAAUAUUUGCCAUCUAAAAUUGGUUGAUUUUGUGAUAUAGGUUUGAUUAAAGAUGCAGACAUGUUUUUAGUGCGUCUUAAGCUAGAAUUAAUAUUAAUUUUGAACUGUUUUGAAGAAAUAAGAAUGAUUUAUGUUCUAAACGUUUUUAAUUUUUGACGUAAUUUCUUUUUAUUUUUUUCUCGCAAUUGUUUAAUAGAGCACACGUAAUAAGUUUACCAAAUUGGAAAUUUAAGGUGUAAGACACGUUGCAUUUAAAAAUAAUCCUUUAAUUUAAACCUCAAUUUUUUUUAAAUUUUAACAAUUUUCUUUGUUUCUGUUUCAAUGUUGUUACUUAUUCAAAUUGCAACUUGCUUAGUCCUUUACUAAUUUAAUGUUUAUUGCUUGUUUUAAUUCUUAAAAACUAGUCUGCAUAUUGUCAUCUCAUUUAUGUAGAGAUUUGAAGGAAAUAUAAUAUUUGUAUUUGUCCUUCAUGACCAGCAUCAUCAUAAAUUGUUAAUAUUAUUUACACACAAUUUCUAAAUGAAAUUUAAAUAUUUGCUUCAGAUCAGCGUAACAUUAUUACUAUUUUUAAUAUUGUUGUGAUUAAAUUUUAAAAAUAUGAACUUCAUGCUUCAUGAUAUUUAUUAUAAAAAAUUCGAUAUCAGUUGGUGUUAAAAUAUGUUUAUAAAAUUUAAGUGCAACAAUUUCUAUAUCUUGUAACAGGUUUUAUUUUAUAUACAAAAAGUCAUUGGCUAAUUAUAUUUGUAGCUUUAAUGUAUACAGUAAACUUUAUAUUUUUUAUUUUAUUUGCGAGGAUUCUAUAUUUUCUUUGUAUCCUCCCAAUGUGAAAAAUAUAUGUGCACAAAUAAUAAAAUGCAAAAUAUACUACAACGCAUAAUUAAUAUUUGUGAACAUAUUACUUUUAUUAAACAUUAUUGUCACGGAUUUGCUUUAUUUGAGCAGUGGUAGGGGUAAUAUACAGUCACCUGAAACUAGUACGUACCAUGUAACAUGUUCCUAAUUUGUUUUGUUAAAGUUCCAGCAUUGUGCGAAAAAUUUUAAUAUUAGCAAUUUAUAAGUUUGAACAAAAUUUUCCUCCUAAAUGUGGUAGAAAAAAUAUCGGCUUUAUGUCACUGAUGCUUUAAAAAAGUAGGAGGAUUCUGGGGUGAAUGUGACCACAUACAGAAAAAUACUGUUGACAUAUCAGUAUUUUUAUUUUUUUAUUUACAACUAUACAAUAUGUUAUUUUUUUGUUUGUGGACACAUAUAAAUAAUAACUUAAAACAGCAUAUUUUAAUAAAACGGUUGCAUAAUUGCAAUGCUGAAUAAUAUUUAAUUCAAAACAGACUAUAAUUUCAUUUUGAAAAAUUCUAGUAUCACCAAUUUCAUCAUGGUAGCUGUUUUAAGUUAUUAGGACAGUUAAUUUUAUUUAACAUGUAGGUAAAAUAAGGCUGACUAUGUAUAAGAAAUCUCAUCCUAUUUAUUUACAUGUAUUAAGUUCAAAAUUUGUUCAUGAUUGAAAUAAAUUUUAUUAAAAUUA